AUGGUCCCUAGCAUCCAACUCGGCCUUAUUGGCCUGCUCGGCGCUGCUGCCGUGCACGCAGCUCCAGCUCCGACGGCCGCAUCCGCACUUGAGCAGCGAUCUUCCACUUGUACCUUCUCGGGCUCUAACGGUGCCGCGUCCGCCAUCAAGUCCAAGACUUCUUGCUCGACCAUUGUCUUGUCUUCCGUGGCUGUUCCCGCGGGAACUACUCUGGACCUGACUGGACUGAAUAAGGGAACGACUGUUAUCUUCGAAGGAGAGACUACUUUUGGCUACAAAGAAUGGUCGGGUCCUCUGGUCUCAGUUUCCGGAACGGAUAUCACCGUAAAGGGAACUUCAGGAGCUAUCCUUAAUGGAGACGGGGCUCGCUGGUGGGAUGGGAAGGGGAGUAACGGUGGCAAGACGAAGCUCAAGUUCUUCUCGGCCCACAAAAUGAUCAAUUCGAAGAUCCAGGACAUCUAUAUCAAGAACUCUCCCGUGCAGGUCUUCAGCAUCAAUGAUGCAAAUGAUCUCACUGUUAGUGGAAUCACGGUCAACGACGCCGAUGGCGAUAGCAACGGUGGUCACAACACCGACGCUUUCGACGUCGGAUCGAGCACCGGUGUCUAUAUCAUCAACCCGGCUGUCCACAACCAAGAUGAUUGCUUGGCAGUGAAUUCGGGCACGGAUAUUUCGUUCACCGGUGCGACUUGCAUUGGAGGACACGGAAUCUCCAUCGGCUCCGUUGGCGGACGCUCCGACAACGCCGUUGAGAAUGUCACCGUCGAGAACUGUAGCAUCCAGAACUCUCAGAAUGGCGUCCGCAUCAAGACCGUUUAUGGCGCAACUGGCUCCGUCAAGGACAUUACAUACAAGGAUAUCCACCUUUCCGGAAUCUCGAACUACGGCGUCGUCAUUGAGCAGGACUACAAGAACGGCAGCCCGACCGGAACUCUCACCAGCGGCGUCCCCAUCACUGGUCUUACCUUGAGCAACGUGCAAGGAACUGUUGACAGCAGCGCGACUGAUAUCUAUGUUCUGUGUGCCUCUGGAGCCUGUGAGGAUUGGACCUGGAGCGGCGUCAGUGUCAAGGGUGGCAAGACCAGCAGCAAGUGCAAGAAUGUGCCAAGCGGCGCCAGCUGCUAA